ACUGUUGCCAUCACAUUACGUAUUUUCAUGGUUCCUGAAGAGUUUGCUGAUUCUAGGGUUCAUUGGAUUGAAAUUGAUAAAUUUAAACGAUUUUUAAAACCUUAUGAAAAAGCCGUAUUUGUACGUGAUUGUGAUAAAGCUGUCGUAAUUAGGAAACCUGCUCAAAAGACUGAGGAACAAAUGGAUUCGACUCAAAUCACAAAUGAGACAAGAAUACUUACUAAUGGUCAUGAUGAUGCUGAAGUUUCUGAAAUGUUAUUUUGUGAUUGUGGUUGGCCAUAUAAUUUAAUGAUACCAAGAGGCAGAAAAGAAGGAUUAAAUUUUAAAAUUAUUGUUUUUAUUACUGAUGGUACUGAUGAUUUAGUUCCUACUUAUGAUGAUUGUGGUAGUACUUUACUUUGUGGUGCUCAUUAUUGGAAUGAUAAAAUUCCAGAUAUUAGACCUUUAGGAUAUCCAUUUGAUAGACCUUUUAAAAAUAAUUCUUAUAAACAAACUUUUGAUGGAUUAAGAAACGUUGCUAUUAGAGAUUUUACUAUUGUAUGGACUGAUACUGAUUUUCGAGAA